UCCUCCGACAGUCAGUGUACUUGCGAUGAAAGCGAUUAUGUAGAGGACUGCGAGGAAUUCCCUCUAUUACCAAUAGCGGCAGUCUCGUUCAACGGUGCUAUUCCAUACGAUGUGUCAGGAUUCGACAUUUCUGCAUGGGCCAUAAACUUCGGAAUGACUGAGAGAACUGGGUAUGGUGGACUUGCACUAGGAUAUCAAAACCCAAACGUUCCUUUUGACUACGGAGUUGGCAAACGAAGCUCACUCCGUAAGUUAGCAGUACGGCAUGUGUCAAAGAUUUUAUUCGAUAACCGUGCUUUUCAUUCCCAACCUGUCUACCUCAACCUCUGGCACAACUCAUUGCUCAGGGCUGCUAUAAACAAGAGUGGAAAUGACGUGAAUCCCGGAGCUUAUGCUAUUCGACUCACUAACCAUCCUCUUCCUAUUGGAGUGUUCACAUUCAGCAUCAAGCGAAUGUUGGUGGUUUUCUAA